UUGCUGCUGCAGCCUGCCAGCACAGAUCAGAGACACCGGUAACAGCGGUGUGUGGAUUAUGACUAGAAGUAGCCCUACUUAACACAGCGCAACGCUACCGCUUCACCAGACGUUUACAUCUUUUUUUGUAAAGCCGUAGCUUUACGUUUGUUUUUAUCUGUCUGAAGUCCAGCUGUAGAUAACGUUUAAAGAAAGAAGACAGUCGUAUCGCUGAAGAUGUCAGUGGUGGGAUUUGACUUGGGCUUUCAAAGCUGCUAUGUAGCUGUAGCCCGAGCCGGAGGAAUCGAGACAGUCGCUAAUGAAUACAGCGACCGGUGCACACCAUCAUUUGUAUCAUUUGGACCGCGAAAUCGAUCUAUAGGAGCAGCUGCAAAGAGCCAGGUGGUGACCAACUGUCAGAAUACAGUACAGGGCUUCAAGCGAUUCCAUGGCCGGGCUUUUACAGACCCCUACAUCCAGUCAGUCAAGUCUAACUUGGUGUAUGAUCUGGCACAGAUGCCCUCCGGAUCCACUGGUAUUAAAGUGAUGUAUAUGGAGGAGGAGAAAGUGUUCAGCAUUGAGCAGGUCACUGGCAUGCUGCUGACCAAACUGAAGGAGACUGCUGAAAGUGCACUGAAGAAACCAGUUGCAGACUGUGUCAUCUCGGUCCCAAGCUAUUUCACUGAUGGAGAGAGAAGAUCUGUUAUGGAUGCAGCUCAGAUCGCAGGCCUGAACUGUCUACGACUAAUGAAUGAGACCACUGCAGUGACUCUGGCAUAUGGUAUCUACAAGCAGGACCUGCCAGCUCCAGAAGAGAAGCCCAGAAUAGUGGUGUUUGUGGACCUGGGCCACUCGGGUUACCAGGUGUCGGUUUGUGCCUUCAACAAGGGAAAGCUCAAGAUCCUGGCUACAGCGUUCGAUUCGGAGCUUGGCGGGAAGGGCUUUGAUGACAUCCUGGUCAAUCACUUCUGUGAGGAGUUUGGGAAAAAGUACAAGCUGGACGUCAGGUCCAAGCCCCGGGCCCUGGUCCGACUCUACCAGGAGUGUGAGAAGCUCAAGAAGCUGAUGAGUGCCAACUCCUCCGACCUGCCUCUCAACAUUGAGUGCUUCAUGAAUGACAUUGACGUUUCUGGUAAACUUAACAGAGGUCAGUUUGAGGAGAUGUGUGCGGGGCUGCUGGCCAAAGUAGAGGGUCCCCUGCGCAGCGUCAUGGAACAAACCAAGCUGAAGAAGGAAGAUAUCUAUGCAGUGGAGAUUGUGGGUGGUGCCUCCAGAAUCCCCUCCCUCAAAGAGCGAAUCAGCAAAUUCUUCGGCAAAGAGCUGAGCACCACCCUGAAUGCAGAUGAGGCCGUGGCCAGAGGCUGUGCUCUGCAGUGUGCCAUCUUGUCACCAGCAUUCAAAGUCAGAGAGUUUUCCAUUACCGAUGUUGUCCCCUACUCCAUCUCCCUAAAAUGGAAUUCAGCUGCAGAGGAGGGAGUGAGUGAUUGUGAGGUUUUCCCAAAGAACCAUGCAGCUCCCUUCUCCAAAGUUUUGACCUUCUUCCGGAAAGAGCCCUUCACCCUUGAAGCUUACUACAGCAACUCCAAGGAGCUGCCCUACCCCAACUGCUCUUUAGGCCAGUUCCUGAUCAAGAAUGUGGUUCCUCAGGCGUCCGGAGAGAGUGCAAAGGUCAAGGUGAAAGUUCGGGUCAAUGUUCACGGCGUGUUCAGUGUAUCAAACGCGUCGCUAGUAGAGGUCCUGAAAACGGCUGAGGAAGAGGAGCCAAUGGAGACAGACCAGACAGCCAAGGAGGAGGAGGAGACAACGACGGACGACGCCAAGCAGGAGAAGAAGAACGACCAGCCCCCUCAGGCGAAGAAGCCCAAAGUGAAAACGAAGACAGUGGAGCUGCCCAUAGAGAACAACUUGCACUGGCAGCUGUCCACUGACGUUCUAAAUAUGUGUGUGGAGAAUGAGGGUAAGAUGAUCAUGCAGGAUAAGCUGGAAAAGGAGAGGAACGACGCGAAGAACAACGUAGAAGAGUACGUGUACGAAAUGAGGGAUAAACUGCACGGCGUCCUGGAGAAGUUUGUGAAUGAAGCUGACCGUGAUACGUUCUCAUUAAAACUGGAGGAUACGGAGAACUGGCUGUAUGAAGACGGAGAGGACCAACAUAAACAAGUUUACGUUGACAAACUGGCUGAAUUGAAGAAAAUGGGCCAGCCGAUUCAUGAGAGAUAUAUGGAAGCUGAGGAGAGGCCAAAAGCAUUUGAGGAGCUUGGCAGACAGAUCCAACUGUACAUGAAGAUCAUUGAAGCUUACAAGGCAAAGGAGGAGCAGUACACUCACCUCGAUGAGCUGGAGGUGACUCGGGUGGACAAGCAGGUGAACGAUGCCAUGGCCUGGAUGAACAGCAAGAUGAACCAGCAGAACAGUCAGGACCUCACUCUGGAACCAGUGGUCAAAGUUGGAGAGAUUCAAGCCAAGACUAAGGAGCUUUAUUCAACCUGCAACCCUGUGGUUUCCAAACCCAAGCCCAAGGUGGAGCCUCCUAAGGAGGAGAAGACAGAGAAUGGGCCAGUCAAUGGGCAGGAGGGAACAGAGAGCCAGCCAUGCAACCCAGAUAAAGCCACAUCCGCGGGCACGGAAAAGGGAACGGCGGAGAACAAGCUCCCUGAAAUGGACAUUGACUAGCUGUUGCAGCUGCCACCCCUGAGUUUCACCUCCGUUUGUCCUGCUACUCGCCCCCCAAUUCUGUCGUUCUUCUGAGAUUGUUAUUGAUGGCACAGUAGCCUCUCUUAAAGACGCAGACAGCAGCAUCCCUAAUCUAUUCAUGGAGCCUCCUAGGCAUGUCAUUUCUCAUUUUCUCUGAUGAAUACACAAAUAUUGCAUAAUAUUAAUAUUGAAUGGACUACUUUAUGACAUUAAAGUUGUGGGUGUGGGAUGGAAACUGCUUUCUCUCUGUUGCUUUGAUGGCUAUUACGUUAAAGAUUGUUCCGUUCAGUAUCUCCUGAGCACAUUUAGGCUAUGAAUGUCAGAUUUGAAGAAUUGUAAGUAAAGUGGCUGUGCAGAAGAAAACUAGUAAUACUCCCAGGAUUCAUGAAAAUGUAUAAUAUUGCAGUACGUCUAAAUAAGGUAUAGAUACAGUGGCACAUGUAAACGAACAUGGAUUGUUCCAAGUUGUACAUGACAAAUAGUGCAUUUUUUUUCCACUACAAAUAAUUGUAACUGCUGGAUUAUAAUGUUUUAAGUUUAAAAAGGACCGAAAGCGUUUUUGUUGAGUUUACUUGUACUGUAUGUUGAAAAUAGAUGCUACAAGUUACUGUCAUGCAGGAUUUCAUUGUUUGGCUUUUUUCUCAUUCAAAAGAAACGGCCCAUCAGUUGUUCUCUGGUAGCCUUGUAUUGUUUUUGGGGUUUUUUUCUACUUAACAGUGUGACUGCUGGUCCAACAAAUCACCUUCUGGGUGCUGCUGUUGUCACCACGUCACAAAAAAAAGCAAAAAUAAAUCUUGACCAAAAAAAAAA